AGUUUAAAUUUACAUAAAAUAUCCGGGUCGAUGAUCCCUUGAUAAAAUUAAUACAUAAAAAAAAACAUGUGAGUCCCACGUUUAGGAAUAUGACCAUUCAUGUUGAAAUGUUUGCAAUUUCACAGGAACACAAAACCUAUAGGGUAGGUACUUUCCGUUGAUCUAGAAUGAAAUAAAAUUUGGCAAUAAGUUAGAAUCUGCGGUUAGAAUGAACAAUGCAGAUAAAAAGAAAAAUUCGGAAUUUAUAACUAUUUAAAAAAAUGGCAUUAAAAUGUCUCAAAUUUUACGACUACAUAGGAAAAUUCAAACCCUCAGUGGAGCUAGAUAAUGAUGACGAUGUAAUUUGACAAAAAGAUAGACCUAAUAAUCUUUUUUAACGUUAUUAUUUUUUGUAAAGAAACAUGUCUUUAUACAAUUUUUAAUUUUAUUGAUUCAUCUCAAUAAAUUAGCAUUUUACCUGGAACGCAGUUUUAUAACGUUUAACAAAACAUUGGACCUAUGUACCUAUACUAUAUAUGUGAAUAUUAUUGAAUCGUAAACAGAAGUAAAAGGGAAGUAAAGGAAUGUUUUCAGAUAACAAAAUACUGAAUGUUAAAGCUUAAAUUCAUUAUAGUAACUGAUCCAACAUUUUUUAAAAUGUAUCUAAUGAAUGGACAAUAAUUAGUGUAAAAUUAUGUGACGUCUAUAUUUUAGAUACUUUAGGAACUAAAAUAAUAACCGACUAUAUCUGGGAGGAAACAGCUAUAGCUGUAGAUAUAGUCGGUUAUUGCUUAGUCUGUGGUUAUUGCAAAUAGUGCAAUCCUCCUGCAGUGAAGAGGUCUGCGCAGGGCAACUUGACAUGUUGCUACUGGUAACUAACACAUAGAUUUUUUUAUUUGACCAUUUGUGUCAUUCACGAAAUUCAAAUACAACACAAUUCACAUGUGCUGUGGUGAUGCUGUUCAUAAAGGAUUUCUUAUGCCAGAGCGAAGAAAAAAUCCAAAAAGGAUAUUUAUUGCAAGGGUGGUAUCAGCGUUGGUGCGGUGGCAGAUGUUUCCGAGCCUUGCAGUUGUUAGCGGCGCUACUGUGCUGCGUCACGCUGGCGGCGCUGCUGCUGCCCCGGCAGCGGCCGUGUUUCCCGCCGCUACAGCAGUGGCAGCCUCCGCCCGUCGCCACUCCGCCCGCGCCGCCCUCCGAACCACCACUGCUCGAUACCGACACACGCCUCAUCUCCGAAGAUCAACUCGGUGCUGAAAUCGAGCGCCGGCUACCAUCGCUACCCUACAUCUACUGGAAAAAACACAGGAGGGACAAAAAAAAAUUUUACAACACAAAAACAUGUGCUCCGUUUCCUUCUAUUUACGAGCUACAUUUUCAUAAUACAUACUGGCAGACCUUACACUCGAGCCAGGGCGUUUUUCAUUUUUUUGGCGCGUACAUGGACACGCGGAACGCUUCACUCAUCGGGCACGCCGUGAGGGUCCUCGGUGUGCACGACCGCAUCAGGCCGAGUCUCAAAACGCACUGUCAGCUCUGGUUCGAGGAGCGCGCCGCGCCUGUGCUCGUCCCCAUCUUAGAGUAUAAAUACGUGUGGUGUAAUAGGUGGGGCAACUACCGCAACUAUGAACUGCAGCCCUACCUGAUGGCGUGCGUGUUGCCACAGGAUGUGCGUCAUUUGGUGCCCGCCUCUGUCUCCAUCGUGGAGAAUGAGUGCGACCGCGCCACCAACAUCCUGCGAGUGCACAACGACCGCCCAGACCCCCGUGUCGGUCGUAAAGAAUUCGCGGUCUGUGUUAAAGGACUAGACUUUCUACACGAAGACUUAUCCGUUCGUCUAGUAGAAUGGAUAGAAUUCCUUAAAAUCAUGGGAGCGGACAAAGUGUUUUUUUAUGAAUUGCAAGUGCAUAAAAAUAUUACAAAAGUGUUGAAUUAUUACAAGAAUCAAGGUACGGUAACCGUGACGCCAAUAUCACUGCCGGGCGGCCAGCCGAACAUACCCGGUCUGCAGCACAAGUAUCUCAAAAAAAAGAACACUCAUAAACGUCAGAUGGAGCUGAUCCCGUACAACGACUGCCUGAACCGACACAUGUACGAGUAUCGCUGGCUGACGCUCCUCGACAUCGACGAGUUGAUCGUGCCAUUGGUAGACGCGAAUUGGAGUUCGCUAAUGAAACGCAUAUUAGCGGUGCGCUUAGAGCCGCUGACAUCAUUUUACGUGUCGAACAUAUACUUCUUAGAUUCGCUGCGCGACGAGCAUGGUUGGGAGAAGAGCAUGCCGCGCUACAUGCACCUGUUGCAGCAAGUGUACCGCACACGCAAUUUCACCAAGGAUGGGUCGUACGUGAAAGCAUUUCACGAGACUGACCGAGUCUUAACAGUCCACAAUCACUUCGCGUUUGCGUGUCUCGGCGGAUGCUGGUCGCACAGUCUGGAGAAGCAAUACGUGCGGUUGCAGCAUUACAAGGUGGACUGCAUGAGGGCGUAUAAGGAGUGCCGCGAGAUGCGCUCGGAGCCCGUGCGGGACACGACGCUGUGGCGCUGGCGGGACCCGCUCGUGGCCCGCACCCAGGCCGUGCUGCGCACACUCGGCUUUCUCCCCCCGGACCGAUAACAUUCGCGUGUCCACUGCGCAAUUAGGAAUAAUCUGAAACGCCUCCUUCUAUUUAUCAAAUACAAUCAUUGUUGUCUAUGUACAUAAUAUUAAUAUAUAUUGGAAAUAUUAUAUUGAGAACACUUUUAUGUUUGAAUGUUGAUUUUAUAAUAAUCAAAACUGAGUUAACUAUACUAGUAUCUAUUAAACGUACCUAUUAUUGUAGUUUAUGCCUUUGUUAAUUUACAAAUAGAUUUUAAAGCUAAUGUUAUAUUAAUCAAGAUUGCGAUUAGACUAUAUUUUAGUAUUAAACACAUUAUGAUUUAUGCUUUUGUUUAUUUGCAAUAGAUUUUAAUGAUCAUUUUAUUAUAAUCAAGACUGC